GUCGUGGGUAGUCUCUCAGAGUUCCGGACUGCUUCAUAUCCUCUCAUUUCCAUCUGUGAAACUGAGACUCACUCAUCGUCCACCAAACUAGCGUCAGUCCAGCACCUUCGACGAUAUCAAGCCAUGGCUGUUACCGGCUGCUCUCAGUGCAUCAAAUAUAUGCUCUUCUUCUUAAACUUCAUCUUCUGGCUGGCUGGCGGUGUAAUUUUGGGUGUAGCUUUAUGGCUUCGCCAUGACAGUCAAACUAGCAGCCUCCUAAUGCUCCAGUUUGAGGGGAAUCAAGCACCAGGAACCUUUCAUAUCAGUGUGUAUGUUCUCAUAGCAAUUGGGGCUGUAAUGAUGUUUGUGGGGUUCCUUGGUUGUUAUGGAGCUAUUCAGGAAUCUCAGUGUCUCUUAGGAACGUUCUUCACAUGUUUAGUGAUCCUCUUUGCCUGUGAGGUGGCAGCAGGAAUAUGGGGCUUUAUUAACAGGGACACGAUCUCCACUGAGCUCAUUAACUUCUAUGAUGCGGCAUACAUGAAAGCUGUGGAUCCUGUUGACACAGCAUCCAGACAGGCAGCUUCUAAAGUUCUGGAGGUCUUCCAUAACACACUGGAUUGCUGUGGUAAAGGGGAUGAUAAUCCACUUUUCACAGCUGUCCAGGCCUCUCUGUGUCCCAAGAAGACCAUGCCACUUGAUCCGCUCAUCUCCCAGAGUUGCCACACAAAGCUAAGGGACUUGUUCACUGAGAAACUCCAUGUCAUUGGAUUGGCCGCCUUAGUGAUUGCUGUCAUUAUGGUUUUUGAGAUGAUCUUCACCAUGGUCCUCUGCUGUGCAAUCCGCAAUGCUCCUGCGUAUUGAGUUGCUGGAUGAUGACCAGCCUGAUCAACAAUGUUUGAUGAUUUCUGCUAGUGAUGGGCAGAAGGCCUAUUCACUUCUGCAUUUCCUCUCUUUUCAAGUUCAAGUGUCCACACACUGAACAUUGAUCCCUGUGUUUGUAGAGAGGACUUCCUAUGUGAAUACUGUACAUCUGAAUACAACACCAAGGGCUAUUAUAAAUAAACCAGUAACCAAUGUCAGGGAGGAGGAAUAAUGUGAUUGACAGUAAUAUGGAUAGCAUUGCUUUUAUGUUGUAUUGUUUUAUUUUUAUUUAAUCAUUUUAUUAGUUUUGCUCUUAUGGUCUAUUGUUAAACGUAUAGUAGUAAAAUAAAAUCAUUGCAAUGUUAUUAGAGAGAUAAAUGUUAACCUAUGACUCCAUUAUGCAACAAGUAAAUUUGUGUCUUUUGAGAAUGCAUAAUGUACUUUAGACUUUACCAGCCCAUAAUGAUGAUUAUGAUCAUGAUAAUUGAAUGAUAACCCACAUAACCUACAUGUGGUAUUUUUUUUAUUUUGGACAUUCAGUUUAUUUGUAAUAAACCUUCUAAUAAAAAAAUCUGCCAAAUUA